CAUACUUAUCGUUUGUGUUUGGGAUUGAGGUUAGCGUUACAAUGGCGUCUAAGGCUUCGCGACUGGAUGCUUUGUUGGAAGUCGCGGCCUUACAGGCGACUUAUGGCACCGAAUCAGUUACCAUACUUCAUGACAACCAGAACUUAGUAGACCUGGCGGCCGCUGGUUCUCUAGAGGAGGAGGAGGCGGCCGCGCGCUUGGGGCAAAGUAAGGGCUUGGAGAUUGCACUCUGUCACCGCCACACCUGCCCUUGCGCAUCGGACAGGGAGGAAGCAGGGGGGGCGGAGGCUGGGGAAGCGGCAGCAGCAGCAGCAGCGGCAGGGCAGUUGACAGUUGAAGUGAAGGCAUGGUUCAGGCUGCCGCCCGGAUACCCCUCCUGCUGCUGUUCUCCAGAGCCACAGGAGACAGCAGAGGCAGCAGGAGCAGCAGCAGCAGCAACCCGACAGGCCGCUGUGCACUACAACGAUCACAUUGUCUCCAAGUACGGCUGCCCUGCUUGCUGCACCUGCCGCCGUACCGAUGCGGUUCACGCCUUGCCGGAUGCGUUUAGGGAUGAGCUGGCGGAGGUCAUCCGUAGUGCCGCGGAGGAGGGCCGGCCCUGCUUGCACGAGCUCUGGGAGGUCGUGCGGUGCGCCGCGGUGGGGCUGGCGGAGGAGGAAUGGCGGCGUAGACAGCAACCUUGCCCAAGGUGCCAGGGGCAGGAAGCACGAAGCAAGCAGGAUCGUGCAACAACGGUGGAGGGCCCUCCUAUGGCGCCGAAGGAGGAGGAGGAAGAAAAAGUGGAUCCCUUACAGGUGCUGCUGCUGAAGCUAGACCACAUGCACAGCAGGGCGCUGUACGUCCGGACCAUCACGGCUUGGGCGCGGGAACUACGACUGACGGGCCGGUUGAUCUUCCAAGGCAACCUCAUCCUCGUACUGCUGGAGGGCGAGGCGGACGCCGUACGACAAUACCUUGUACGACAUCGUACGGAAAACGUUGACGUUGACUCACGUGGCCGCAAGUGCAAGGAGCGGAUGCUCCAGGUCAUCGUGCAAGCGCCACAUCCCUUGACGGGUGGGGCCUCCCAGCAGCAGCAGCAGGGAUCAGCUGCAGGGUCGCGGUCAGCAGCAGCAGGCGUGUCAGUCGCCGCAG